AUGCUGGAUGUCAAUUUCGGUAUUGUCCAAGAGCAGGAAAGGACCGAUACCAACGCGUACACCUUAGGUCGGAACGGUCAUCAAUAUGUCGUGAUCGCGUGUCUGCCCGAUGGGCAAUACGGGAAUACUUCAGCCACCACAGUUGCCAACAGCAUUAUGCGAAUAUCUAGUGAAGGCUCUCGUGGCAGAAAAACCGACAAAGAUGGUAAAAUUCAACCCGUUGGAUCCUUGAAUAGCCCGCCAAAGUCAUUGCUAAAUGCCCUGGCUCAGAUGAGGGCAGCCAAACUAUAUGAUAAUCCUUAG